CAAUGUCGUUAUAUAAAUUGAGUCAAUCUGGCAAUAUGUUGCUAGGUACGAUUUCUGUUGAUUGUUUGAAAUCUGAACUUUUUUGUUUUGAUUGAGAAAUGGGAUACGAAAAGUCCCUUGAUUACAUAAAUCCAUUAAAGUUGUGGUACUUUGUUCAGGAUAAAGUAGUACCAAAUCAGAGUAGAAAAGCGAUAUCUACUCAAACAACUCCUGUUUUGCCAGUUGGUACAAUGAAUCUUUCAAGAGUUGCCGGACAUUUAUUUAUAAAAUUUGCGGGGGUUUCUGGAGCUGCCGCUGUAGCCAUGGGUGCUUACGGAUCGCAUGGUUUUUACCCAAAAGCAGAUGUGCCUGCUGAGUUAAAAGAUGUUUUUAAAACUGCAAAUUAUUACCAUUUUCUUCACACUUUGGCUCUUUUAGCUGUUCCUCUCACCAAACGACCUAAUCUAGUUGGUUCUUUAUUGACUACAGGGAUGCUUAUCUUUUGCGGAACAUGUUAUGCUUAUGCAUUGACAGGAAAUAAGUCUUUAAUUCGGUUUACACCAUAUGGCGGAAGUCUUCUUAUUAUAGCCUGGUUAUCAAUGGUGUUUUAAAAUUUCCUAUUGUAUAUUUGUUUUUUAUAGACAUAUAUUUUUCCAAGUGUGAUGGCAGAAAUACAUGCUUUGAAUAAACUUUCAUGUUCACAUAAAAUAAAUCUGCCUAAUGUAUUUCUGUGUUUGUGAAUUUUUUUUUUUUUUUUUUUUUUCAGGCAGUUCCACAUUUUGAUAAUGAGUGUUUAACAUAAGGAAUAUCUUAAAAUAAAAAGAAAUUAAUUUGUAUGAAAAAACACUGUAAAUUUCUAAUUUUUAUUUUUGAUAAUAUGUCCUUUUAUCCUUGCUGAAUGCAUAAAAGCAUAACAUCAUGAACAAAAUAUUGAAAGAAAAUACUGUUUUGGGAGCAUUGAUACAUAGUUCAACGAAAACUGCAUUUUUAAUAAAGUAUGUGUUUGUUUAAA